CCCUCGGCCCCUGCCCUGCCGUCCCCUGCCCGCGGUUUCUGAGGGCUCCGGGGGGCUCGUCUGCCCUUUGCGAUCCUCCGCCUUACUCCGGGCGCGGGAAGCCGAGUCCCACCGUGUCGUGGGUACAGCUAAAAGCUGAAGCUGUAAUGCACCCAUGAGUGAGCAGCACUAGUCGUGUGCAUCCAUGGCCUCUGUGCCAGUAAUUCCAGACUCUUACAACCAUGUCUUGGCAGAGUUGGAGUGUUUGGAUCCAUUGCUUUCUGCACUCAGGCUGGAUUCCAGCCGUCUUAAGUGCACGUGUAUAGAUGUGUCAAAGAGAUGGCUGGCUCUAGGCAGCUCAGGAGGAGGGCUGAAUCUCAUCCAGAAGGAUGGUUGGAAGCAAAGGCUCUUUCUCACUCACAAGGAAGGUGCCAUUUCCCGAGUGGCCUGUUGUUUGCAUGAUGAAGACUAUGUUGCUGUUGCCACCAGCCAAGGCCUUGUAGUAGUCUGGGAGCUGAAUCAGGAACGUCGCGGGAAGCCAGAAAGGAUUUAUGUUUCCUCUGAGCAUAAGGGCAGAAAAGUCACAGCUCUGUGCUGGGACACAGCUGCCCUUCGAGUUUUUGUAGGAGAUCAUGUGGGAAAAGUAUCAGCCAUCAAGAUUAACACAUCAAAACAAGGGAAGGCUGCUGCUACUUUUGUGAUGUUUCCUGUCCAGAUUAUAACCACUGUAGAUUCUCGGGUGGUUCAGCUUGAUUAUUUGGAUGGAAGACUGCUCAUAUCUUCACUUACCCGCACUUAUUUAUGUGACACUGAGAGAGAGAAGUUCUGGAAGAUUGGUAAUAAAGAGAGAGAUGGAGAAUUUGGAGCAUGUUUCUUCCCUGUUGGAAAAAACAGUGGGAAUCAGCAUCCAUUAAUUUACUGUGCCCGACCUGGCUCGAGGAUGUGGGAAGUGAACUUUGAUGGGGAAGUGCAAAGCACACAUCAGUUCAAGCAGCUGCUCUCAUCACCACCUCUUCCUGUUGUUACUCUCAGGCAGGAUCCUCAUUAUACUGGUUCCAGCUGCUCUCCACAGUCUUUAUCUUUCCCCAAGCUGCUGUAUUUGACUGAGCACUGUGUGGUGACCUGGACAGAAAAAGGCAUUUAUAUUUUUCUUCCCCAAAGUGUUCAAGUCUUACUGUGGAGUGAAGUUAAAGAUAUUCAAGAUAUUGCAGUUCACAAGAGUGAGUUGUUCUGUCUGCAUACAAGUGGGAAAGUUGUGCACCUCUCCCUUCUGCUGGUCGAUCGCUGCAUAGAGCGUCUGAUGAGAAGAGGAUUCUGGACCCUUGCUGCCAGGGUCUCUUGUCUCUUCCAAAACUCAAUUGUUUCUUGCAGAGCAAGAAAAAAUUUGCCUCUAGACAAGCUGGAGCAUUUGAAGUCACAGCUGGAUGCUUCAACCCAGCAAGAUCUCAUUGUGCAACUGGAAGAACUGAUUUCAAAGGUGGAACCUUUAGAUUCUGCAUGCAGCAGUAGAAGGAGCAGUAUUUCAUCUCAUGAAAGCUUCAGUGUCUUGGACUCUGGAAUCUACCGCGUUAUCAGUCGAAGGGGCAGUCAGUCAGAUGAAGACUCGUGUUCCCUCCACAGUCAAACAUUCUCAGAAGAUGAGAGACUUAAAGAAUUUCCUGUACAUCAUGAAGAUGAGCAACUAGAACUUGAGAACGUAUCUCAUGCAUCUGUGGUGGGUGACGCUGACCGGAAUGAGACAUUUCUCCCAUUCAGUAUUCCUUUGUCAUUCCGUUCCCCAUCUCCUCUCGUCUCUCUCCAAGCUGUCAAAGAAAGCGUUUCCAGCUUUGUACGCAAAACCACAGAAAAGAUUGGCACACUUCAUAUAAGUCCUGAAUCUAGAGGGAAGCAUGAAGCAAAGGAUGAUGAGCAACUGCCAGAACUAACUCUUAAUCCAGUAGCAUCUCUCCAGGAAGAAAAAGAGUCAGAACCCCAGAACUGCCAGCUUCCUGAAGAGGACCCUCUUAGAGAUCUCAAGGCUGCAACAGCAGAAACUAUAGCCAAGCUCCAGGAUCCCCUGGUUUUGUUAGAGCCUCAGUGUAUGAGAAAGGUCUUACAGGAAUGGCUUGUCUAUCUAGAAGAAAAAUUCAGCAAGGAGCAUUCUGCUUUGUCUCUUAAGAAAAGCAAGACUGUGUGUGCUGAAGAACAGAGGGCAAUCCUGGAGGAAAACCUGCAAAUGGCUCCAGCUGACAGAGACCCAGUGGACAAGGAACAGAGUGGUAUUUUGGAAGACUGCAUUGAAAAGGAAAAUACUGAUGAAACCUGUAUGAGCAAAACCAUGCGUGAAAACGGUGCAGAUGUGACAGGGCCUCUGCACUGUGGCUUUCAGGUGUCCCCUCCAUGUGCCAUCGAACCCGAUGUUCUGAAAGAUCUGGUGGAGUUGGGCACUCUGUGCUUUGAGCUGCGUGUCUUUUCCUGUGGUAGUGGUGAGCCUGAGGAAAGCUCUGACAGAAGUCUGCCACCAGCAGCUUCAGGGACCUUGGCUUGUAGGUUCAUGCAAAGCUACUUCUUCCUUUUGGAUUUAAAGAGAGUAAAGCAGUGUAUUAUAACCAUGUGUGCCACCUGCCCUCAUGUAUGGGAAACAUACAUGGCAGGAUUGAAAGAACUAACUUGUCGCAGUCCAGUGGCGUUAGCAAUGGAAAAUGAGAAUGAAAUGUUGAAAAUACUGAAGCUGCUGCAUGACCUGGGGCCAUGGGAUGACAGCCCACUGUUGCUGGCACAUGCUCAAAGGCUUUAUGAAAAAUUUGGGGAAACAGCUCUUCGGCCCUUGAUCAAGUUCCACCCAUCUAUUUUGCCUUCUGAUAUUAAACAGCUUUGCAGGAAUGCUCCAGCUCACUUCUUAGCAUAUUUAGAUAGUCUGGUGAAAUCAAAACCAGAGGAUAAAAGGCUGUUUCUCCUUAGGUCUCUUCUGCAGCCAGAAUCUGUACGGUUGGAUUGGUUGUGCUUGGCAGUUUCUCAUGAUGCUCCACAAAGGACAAACACUGUGGAUGAGGAAGGAAAUCCCAGGCCACGAUCGCAUUUGUUUACUUGGGGCUACAGCCAGCUCAUUCUCCUCUUGAUUAAACUGCCAGCUGAUUUUGUUAUGAAAGAGAAGAUGGCUGACAUCUGUAAAUCACAUGGAUUUUGGCCUGGAUAUCUUUUUCUCUGUCUGGAGCUGGAUAGAAGAAUGGAAGCCUUUACUAAUAUUGUUCAUUUGGAUGAUUUGAGCCUGUUGAGCGGAGAAGAUGGUGCCAUUCCAGAGACCACAGAAGAGUGGAAGUUUGUUCUGCAUCUUGCACAGAAUCGCAGCACAGCUUUCCACCACCACAGCCCACAGAACGGGAAUGCUGUCAGCAACGGGGGCCCGAGCUGCCCAGACUGCAUCACUGUGGAAAAUGUCGCUCUGUUGCUGGCCAAGGCCAUCGGCCCAAAUCGUGCCUUGCCUCUCUUGCAGGAGUGUGGCUUGACACUAGAACUGUCUGAGAGAUUUACUGGUGUCUGUGAGAUACUGAGAAUUGCUGAGAAAAGGCAGAGAGCGCUGAUUCAAUCCAUGUUGGAAAGGUGUGACCGGUUUUUGUGGUCUCAGCAAGCAUAGAAAACAACUUGGGAGAACUCUGGGAACGUUUUAUGCUCUUAUGACUGUAUAUUCAAGUGCCUCUUAGGUUUCACAGGCCCUUAAAAAUAACAAACUCCUGUCUAAAAGUUCAGUUAAUACUAAGCCAGUCUCCAUCUGGCAGAUAUCUGACCUGGAACUGUGACAGUUCUUCCUUAUUCCUUUGGAGAUGGCUUUUGAACUAUGUAGAACAUAGACCAUAAUAAGCCAGUAUUUAUCUUGAAAUGAAGCUCACAGGUUGCCAAGAUGAAAAUUGCUGCAUUUAUUUUGUGAGUCCAUAACUUAAGUGUUCAGGGAUAUGAGUCCCUAAGUAUUAAAUUGUGGUGUAUGCAAUUUUUUUGUUUCUUUGUUUGGAAACAUAAGAAACCAUUGAGAAGUAUCUAAGCCUACACUUGUUUAACUUCCUGUAAAUGUCAUUUACCUUUACUGUUGCUGUAGAAGUGCCUGUUAUGGUACUCGCUGAUUUUUUCCCCUUCUUAAAUUAUAUGGACAGGCCUUGCCUAUUUGAAAUACAUUAACUAAGCCAUGUCUUAAAAUGGGAGGAAAAUAUUUUAAAGUAGUGGGUUUAUGGUUAAAAAUGCUGAUUAAUAGUCAGACUUGUUAAAUGAACUUACUACAAGCACAGUAUUUCUAAAUUGCCCAUACCUGUUUGUGUACUGUGACCAUAGACAUCAGUUGUGAUACUCCAACAAAACUCAGGACAGUGGAAUUCGAAUCAGAGUCAUUUAAGUUGCAAAAGAUGGUGAAGAUCCAACCCUCCAACUAUUAGCCUAGCACUGCCAAAUCCACCACUCAACCAUGUCCCAAAGGGACACAUCUACAUGGCUUUUAAAUGCCUCCAGGGGUGGUGACUCCACCACUUCCCUGGACAGUCUAUUCUAGGGCUGGACAAUGCUUUUGCUGAAGAAAUGUUUCCUGAUAUGCAAUCAAAAUGUCUCCUGGAGCAACUUGAGGCCAUUUCUUCUUGUCCUAUCCCUUGUUACUUGGGAAAAAGAACCCCACCCCCACCUGGCCACAGCCUCCUUUCAGGCAGUUCUAGAGAACAAUGAGGUCUCCCCUGAGUCUCCAUUUCUCCAAGCCAAAUACCCCCAGCUCCCUCAGCUGCUCCUCACAGGACUUGUGCCCCAGACUCUGCACCAGCUCCCAUUUCCCUUCUCUGCCCUCACUCCAGCCCCUCAAUGUUUUUCUUGCAGUGAGGGGCCCAGAACUGGACACAGCACUUGCAGUGUGCCCUCACCAGUACAAGGGACAGUCCCUGCCCUGCUCCUGCUGGCCACACCGUCGCUGACCCAGGCCAGGCUGCCCUUGGCCCCCUGGGCACUGCUGGCUCGUGCCCAGCUGCAGAUCCCUCUGCAGAGCCUUCCUGCCCUCAGCAGGGCAGCACUGCCACCAGCCUGCUGUGUCUGCAGCUGCCUGAGGGUGCCCUCCAUCCCUGCUCCAGAGAAUUGAUAAAGGGAUUGAACAGGACUGGGCCCAGCACUGAGCCCUGGGGAUAGCACCUGGGGCUGGCCACCAGCUGGAUUUAACUCCAUUUCCCCCCACUCUCUGGGACUGGCCAUCCAGCCAGUUUUUUGCUUGGUGAGCAGUGUACAUGUCCAAGCCAUGAGCAGCCAAUUUCUCCAGGAGAACAUUGUGGGAAACAGCACCAGAAGGUUUUCUUGAAGUUCAGGUCAACUUUGGUAAUUCCACAAUUAAUUCUGACACUUUGGAAAGUGAGAGGACUUAUUUUAAUAAAAUUUUUAAAAGCUGAAGUCUUACGUAAGUAUUUUUAGAUGGUUUCUGUCAAGAAAGUUUUUACAUACCUGGUUGAUUAUAAAGAUUCACAAAAUCACUUGGAUUUACUUUUCAUUUACUGAAAUGCUUUGUACUAGCACUCUUUCUGCAUUUAAUACAUCUUUGAACAAGUUUCUUUUUAAGCUUCUAAUUUUGACCCCUUCACUGUCUGACUCACAUUUGAAGCAGAA